AUGUAUGUAGUUACACAUAAUGUGAUAUUCUUUUUAGAAGACGAGAUUGAUGACAGUUUGUCUUCAGAUGAAGACGAGAAUGAUGUUGAAGGUGUUGCUUCAAAUCCAGCAGCUGUGCCGUAUCCGAAAGACAGUGAGUGGACUGCAGUUGACACCUACCGACCUCUGCCUGUCAACACGACACCCAGGCAGAUACUAGUGGAUAUUGAUGAGUCGAGUUCUGUACUGGAUUGCAGUAAAGUGUUCCUUACUGACAGUGACGUAAAUGAACUCAAGAGACAGACAAAUUUGUAUGCAUCACAGACAAUACAGAAGAAAAGAAGAGGAAAUAAUCUGAAGCCCCAUUCAGUUUUGAGUUCGUGGAAGCCAGUGACUAUAAGUGAGAUGAGGCGUUUCCUUGGGUAUUAUUUUCCACAUAUACUGUCAUGCUUGCAUCUUGUUGACAAUUCAAAUCAGAAAAAACCAGGCGAAGAUGGAUUUCAUCCACUUUACAAAGUUUUGCCAUAUUAUAAUAAUUUGAAGGAGCGAUGUAUCCAGGCAUAUCGUCCCUCAGAAAAAGUGACAAUUGAUGAAGGAAUUUGCCCAUUUCGAGGUCGUGUGAGUUUCCGUGUUUACAUGCAAAAUAAGCCUCAUAAGUAUGGACUGAAAGUAUAUGCUGUUGCUGAAGCCAGUAGUGGCUAUGUUGUAAAUUUUGAAGUUUAUGCUGGUAAGCAUAUUGUUGACAAUUCUUCGUCUGCGGUUAUUUUGCGAUUGUUGUCUGACAGCAGCUUGCUGAACAAAGGCCACACUGUGUAUUUAGAUCGAUUUUAUUCCAGUCCAGAGCUAUUUCAGCAACUGGCAGAGAAAGGCACUGGAGCUGUUGGUACUGUGAACAAAUCCAGGAAAGGAUUGCCUAAAGAUUUAGUAUCUGCUACGCUGAAAAAGGGCGAAAUGUCUUUUCGGCGUAAAGAUAAUGUAUUGGCAAUGAAGUGGAAAGAUAAGAGAGAUGUGUAUACAUUGUCUACAAGGCAUCAAGCAACAUUUGGUACGCAUACUAAGAGAAAUGGGUCUGUAGUAUUGAAACCACUUCAGGUACUUGAUUACAACCUCAAUAAAAUUGGAGUGGAUAUUGGAGACCAACGCCUGCAGUACAAUCCGUUCCAGCACAGAACUGUGAAAUGGUGGCGAAAAUUAUAUUUCCAUUUGCUGCUUAUGGGAGUAUCAAAUGCAUUUUGGCUGUACAAUGCAGUGCACAGGAAGAAAAUUACAAUAACAGACUUUAUAACAGUGCUUGCAGUUCAGCUUGUUGAAGACGACACACUUGAAUUCAUUCCAAGAAAUGAAGGAACUGUAGGUCGGCUAACAAAGAGACAUUUUUUGCAGCACAUACCUGCAACUACUAAGAAGUAUGCUGCUCGUGUGUGUCACGUGUGCAGUUCCAGGAGCAAGAAACAGAGUGGCAAGGCUUCUCGCAAAGAGACACGAUACGAAUGUGAACAGUGUGGCGUUGCACUCUGCCUGGAACCUUGCUUUAAAAUUUUCCACACUAAAAAACAAUAUGAUUCUGUGUGA